CAAAAAAACGCAUCGGCGAGCACAGCUGCGCACGCGCAUCGCUGCAACAGCACAAAAAAACACAAAAGGCAUCGGCGACUAGCGCUGCGCACGCAUAGCGCUGCAACAGCCACGAUGCGCGCCGCCGCCGCGCUGCUGAUGGUCGCCACCGCGAGCGCCAGCCGCUUCUCCGUCCUCCUCGAAGCCGGCUCGACGGGCACUCGUGUUUAUGUAUAUGAAAGAGUAAAAGCCAAAGAAAUCGCUGGAAGUCGGAGCCCCGUGAAGACGCCACCGGGCCUCCACGCGUUCGUCGGGAACGAUAGCGCUCUAAAAAACUACCUGCUACCGCUCGUCGACUGGGCCAAAGAUCGCGUGCCGGAGGAGGAGUGGGGCGCGACGCCUCUCAGACUCUACGCGACGGCGGGCAUGCGGUUGGUCGGCGACGACAAUGCAGCUAAACUCUACGAUGCCUGCCACACCAUACUAAACGAGACGCCGUUUCUCAUCCGAAGAUCAGCAAUAAAGACCAUCACGGGCGAGGACGAAGCUUUUUUUGGGGCAGUUGGCGCCAACUACGCCGUCAACGCGAUUGAUGCGGACGAAACGCCAUCGGACGGUGCUGGUGACUUAGUUGGAGCGCUCGACUUAGGAGGAGCCUCCACACAAGUAGCAACAGCCUUAAGGCAGCGCGUGCCCCCGCAACUAAACAAGAAGCACUUCUCCGUGGCGACGUAUCUCGGGUACGGCGUCGAGCGCUUCCACGAGCGCUACAUCAAAACUGUGGACAGGGACCCCUGCGCCCAACCGGCCGACUUUGAUGGUUGCCGAAGCGCCAUCGCGUCCGCUCUAGGUAUCAUGGAUUGUAGGUCACAGAACAAGCAGCCCUGCGCUCUACCUUUCGACAGCGGCGAGGACGAGGCGCCGCCGGAGCCAAUCAAGCCGGCGCCGAACGCUAGAUUUGUCGCCACGUCGUUGUAUUUCUACGCGUGGCGAACUUUACAUCAAGCUUUACCGUUGUUGGUCGAAUUAGGUGGCGAGGAGUACGAUACUGCCUAUGCUAAAAAAGCACAUGCUGGUUUAGAUGGCAUGUGGCCGGCGCCUUCCGUAGACAAGGCCAAAGCGGCCGCCGAGGCCUACUGUUCGGCGUCGCCCGCCUUACUCAGCAAGGCCGCUUCGGAAGAAAUCGCCUGGGACGGGUUUCACGGGGAUGCGGCGCGAAGGCACCGCGAUUUUCCUAGAAGAUGUUUUGAAGCGGCCUACGUCGAUGUGUUAUUAAGGGACGUCGUCGGCGUCGACCCCAGCGGGCGGGCAUUGUUGGUUGCGAUUAAACUGAGAGGUGUCGAGCUCGACUGGACGCUGGGCGCCGUUCUAGACGCGGACGCGCACGCCUUACGACGACCUAGGCAUAUUCCGCACGCUUCUGGCGUCGAUGGUACGGUGCCCGUGACAAAAAAACACGGCGGCUGGCGCUUCUUCUUGCUCGGCUUUUGCGGGAUUGCAUUGCUGUUGAUUCUGGUGUCGCGCGGCGGCAACGAACAGCGGCGGUCCUCGAAAAUCGCGAAGGCGUCGCCGCGGACGGGCGGCCACCUCGAGUUCCCGUCCAAUGGAUGGCGGCGCGCGGCCCCCGGCCUCGUGUCGCGCGCGAGCUACGAGCACCUGUCGGCGGCGCGGCUUGUUUAACUGUGUUAUCCCUGUG